AUGGGAAAAGGUUUAAACUGUUUAGAUGAAGAAAGUAAAACAUUUCUUUUGUUUCAGUUGCUAACUUUUCUUUUUCACGAACGACAACAUGACACAACAGAAAUCAAUGAUUUUGAGAAUGUAACCGGUUUAUAUAAUGAAAUAGACAUUUCUAAUCCCGAACAAACUUAUUUAUCUAAAGAUAAAAUAUGGUGGUAUACAAAUGAUGCAUUUAUUUCUCGAUUAUUAGAUGAAGCAUUAAGAACAAAAAAUAUUUCUCUUAUAUUUAAACUUCGAUACAUUAUUAUCAAUCUUCUGGAUGAAUCCUAUGAACAAAAUCUACAUACACUAUCGGUUAGUAGUGGUAAAAUUUUAACAUUAUAUCGCGAAGAGUGUAUAACGAAUGAAAAAUUAAUUAAAUUAAAGCUUAAUAUUAAUCGACUUUUAUCUAUAAAUACAUUUUAUUCUACAACAUUUAAAAAACCCACUCAUAUUUUACAGCCAUCAGAGUCAUCAAAUAUGAAAUGUGUUUUAUUUCAAAUUGAUAUUGAUAUAAGUAAGAAAAACACUUAUCCUUUUUUUAUAAUUAACAAUGAUAGAUUAGAAAUAUUAUUUACAUUUGGGACAGUAUUUCAAAUACAUUCAGUUGAAUUAGAUACAAACACCCAAAUUUGGAAUGUUAAACUAAUUAUAAAUGAUGACGUAGAAAAACAAGUUAUGGAUCUGAUUAAAUAUCUGGGAGAUGAAUAUGGUUAUCCAUUUGAUUUUAUGGUAAUGGGAGACUUUUUGGAUGAUAUAGGCAAAUAUGAUAAAGCAAUCGAAUGUUAUAAAAUUUUUCUAGAUGAAACAUCACAAGAUGACAAAUAUAUUCCAAUGGCUUAUAAUCACCUUGGACUAAGUUAUUAUCAUAAUAAAUCUUAUGCAGAAGCAUUAGAAAAUUAUUACAAGGCAUUGAUGCUUUAUCGAUCCAAUUCUCCAUAUGAUCAACUAUUUGUCGAUAUAUAUACACUUAUUGGAAAGGCGUUUUAUGCUCGAAAUCAGUAUUCAAUAGCCAUAGAUUAUUAUAAAGAAGCAAUUAAUAUUAAGGGAACAUUGCUACCCACGAAUGGGGAAAUGAAUUAUUUAUACCACAGUAUUGGCGAAGCUUACUCUCAAAUUGGCGAUGAACAAAAAUAUCGUGAAUACAAUGCUGGAAGGCCGAUAGUAAUAUCAGUGGGUUCUUCGAAUUCGGUUAUUUAUCCUUGGCGCGAUUUGUAUAUUAAUAGGACAAUCAAUUAUACGACAUCGCUUGGAAAUUUUCAAGAUCUAUUAACACAUUUAUUAAACAAUAAAUCUUCAGCAAGUCAGCAAUUUGAUUAUGAUAUUGCAACGUUACUUUAUAAAAUGGGUGAAAUUUAUUUUAAAAUGAAACAAUACGAACAAGCACUGGAGAAAUUUGAAAAAGCAGUGGAUGUUUAUUUGAAUGUAUUUCCAUUAACUCUUUCUAAUCUUGCACGAAAUUAUGAUACAAUAACAGACAGUUCAAUUCUAAUAUUAAAGGAUUAUCUUAUUGAAAAUGAAUAUUAUUUUCGAAUGAUACCACUUCGUUAUUCUUUACUUGCUCAAACUUAUUAUUAUAUUGCAAGAGUUUAUUCGUUAGAACGCAGUAGUAUUAUGACUGCUAUCAGCAUACAUAAAUUAGCUACUGCAAUUAAAUUGAUUCAACAAGAUUAUUAA